AUGUCGGCAACCAAGAAGCGUGGUUACAUUCAAGGUCAAAUCACCAAGUUGAGGAACUCAUUGGAUGGCAUCACAGACAUUCAGCUGAAAAAUCCCGAAUUCCUCAUCGAACUCAGAGCAAAAUUGGACUACAUUGAAAAUCAAAGAUGCAACUACUUUGAGAUUCAUGAGACAAUUAUUAGUGAAUUGACUAAUGAUGACGCAAUUGCCAAGGAGGAAAAGACACUCAGUCAUUUUGUGGAUUCUUGUGACAAUCUUGAGAUUGAGAUUCGCAUGUUCAUCCGCAAAUGCAAGUCAAAUACAGAAGCUGGCGGUGCAGAUAGUGAGAUGAUCUCGUUGGUCGACAAGAUGAUCAGUAGGCACAGUCAAGAUAUGGCGAAAUUGAUGAAGGAUCAUGACAGACAGCUCAAUCAACUCACCAAAUCGGAAGUCAAGAGUAACAUCAAAUUGUCUCAGCUCUCGUUGAAACCAUUCAAUGGAGAAUAUACUGAGUGGCCAUCAUUUCACGCCUCCUUCAGUCAUUCUGUCCAUAACAACAAGGAGCUGCAUGACAUAGACAAGUAUCAAUAUCUCUUGAAUUCUUUGACUGGAGAGGCAAGAUCCGUCAUCAAGGAACUUCCCGUGUCAGAACAAAACUAUCAAGUCGCAUGGGAGUUGCUCGUCAAGCGAUUCAACAAGCCCAAGAGCAUCCUUAAGGAGCAUUUCACUCGCUUCUUUUCUCAGCCAGAGCUCAAGGCAGCGGAUGCGAGCAAGCUGCGAAAGCUUCAUAGCAUUUAUGAGGAAUCAAUUCGCGGAGCAGAACAGAUGGGGGCGACCAACAAGGACGCCUGGUUGAUCUUUUUCGCCACACAAACCUUGGAUCCUGACACAAAGGAGCUUUGGUCUCGUGAGAAGACAAAAGGAGAUCUUCCAACCUGGCAAGAGUUCAGCGACUUCCUCUCAGAUCGCUGUGAUGCACUGGAGAGCCUUUCCAAGCCAAAGGUCAAUUCCGGCAGUUCAUCCCAGCCAGCUCCUCAAAAGAAGCCUGUGACCCAAUCCACCACCAAACAGCAGAAGCAAUCAUCAUUCUGCAACACCAACAAUGACGUAUGCAAGAUCUGCAAGGCAGCUGUGCACCACGCAUGGAGAUGUGACAAGUUUUUGGCCAAAUCAGCAUCCCAGAGACUCAAGACACUUCUCCAACUUCAGAUGUGUACGAAUUGUCUCAGUCCACUUCAUACUAAUUGUGAGCGAGGUUCAUGUCGUGUUUGUCACCAACACCACAACACCAUGAUUCAUGAUGCCUUUGAUGAGAAGGUAUCCGCUCAAGAGCCACAGUCAGCUCCCAAACCAUCCACAUCAGUGGACAAGCCCAACCAUUCAGAGGCUCAAAAAGCGUCACAGUCAACGCAAAACAAAUCAUCCUUGGCUACUGUGGACACUCAGUCACUCAACGAGACAACAAGCAGCUCGGACAGCCAGUCGUUCAUGACAAGGAUCACAAAAAACACCCUGCUUCCAACUGUACAGGUUUUCGCAAGAGGACCGAAUGGGAAACUCCACAGAUGUCGUGCGUUGCUGGACUCAGGCAGCCAGGUCAACUUCGUCACAGCGAGAUUUGUGGACAAACUCAAACUUCCCAAAUGUCAGGGAGAAGCACGACAAAUCUCAGGCGUCAAUACAGCCUUCACAAAUGUCAAUCAGACAGCAGACAUCAACAUUUCAUCUACGGACGAACAAUUCCAAAUGACAGCCAAUUUCAUGAUCGUCCCCAAGGUCGUGGAUGAAAUGCCAACAGACUACAUCGAGCUCAAUUGGAAGAUCCCUGACCACAUCACAUUGGCAGACCCACAGUACAUGAUUCCGGGAAGAAUAGAUCUCCUUCUGGGUGCUGAAUUCGAUGCCCGAGCGAGGCGCUCAGGCAAUCUUCAAGACAAUUCUCCAGCCCUGUUGGAGACUGCCUUCGGCUGGGUAGUUCAGGGUGCCUGGGUUCAGCAUCAGGGGUCUCAGGAGCUCAACAACUUCCUUUGUCUCGCCACGUUCACAGACGAGAUGCAGCAAGUGGCAAAAUUCUUUGAGGUUGAGGAAGUUGGACAGUAUGAUUCAUCUCCAUUGUCCUCAGAGGAGCAAGAGUGUGAAGAUCACUUCGCACUGACAGUCAAAAGGAACUCUGAGGGGCGAUUCAUCGUGAGGUUUCCUCUUCGGGACAAUGUUACUGAACUAGGGAGCUCAAGAUUCAUCGCUGAACAGCGCUUCAAGCAAGUGGAGAAGAAACUCAAUCGCAAUCCAAUUCUGAAGCAACACUACAUGGAUUUCAUGCAGAUGUACCUGGACUUGGGGCAUAUGAGGCCAUUGCCGGAUGACUAUACGUCAUCCCAGCCAGAGUAUUACCUCCCACACCAUGCAGUGGUCAGGAUGUCAUCGUCAAGUACCCCUGUCCGUGUUGUCUUCGAUGCAAGCUGCAAAACAACCUCAGGACUUUCCCUCAACUCCGUUCUGAAAGUGGGUCCUCGCACUCAGCAGGAUUUAUUUGACAUCCUCAUUCGGUAUCGUCAAUACAACUUCACAAUCAAGGCCGAUAUCGAGAAAAUGUUCCGCCAAGUCAGGAUGCAUGAGGAAGAUCAAAAUCUGCAGAGGAUUCUACACAGAGAUGAUCCAACCAAACCACUUCAGACAUUCCUUCUCACCACCGUGACUUACGGGACAGCAAGUGCGCCAUAUCUCUCAACUCGUUGCAUGAAGCAAUUGGUGGCUGAAGACGGUGACAAUUAUCCUCAUGCCAAGGAAGUAGCCAAUCGAGAUUUUUAUGUCGAUGACCUUCUGACUGGCACUCAGACAAUUCAGGAAGCAGUCACUCUUCAGGAGGAAUUGGUAGCUCUAUUCAAGGGAGGAGGAUUUUCACUCAAAAAGUGGUCAUCGAACAGUCAGGAGAUUCUCGACAAAAUCCCACCUGAGGACAGAGAAACAAAGUCAGUCUUGGAAUUUGAUUCUGGCGGCAGCAUUUCUACACUUGGCCUUCAGUGCAAUCCACUCAGUGAUACACUGUCAUUUAAGAUUUCUCUCAAGGAAGGAGCGAUUGUUAAGCGCAGUGUACUUUCCAACAUGUCACGAGUUUUCGACCCAUUGGGACUUCUUUCUCCAGUCACAAUCACAGGAAAGAUCUUCAUCCAGAAGCUGUGGAAAGAGAAUCUCGACUGGGACACGGAACUCCCAGAGCAGCUCAGGGACGAAUGGAUUUCUUAUCAAGAGGAAAUUCUCAAACUGUCAGCUCUGAGUCUGCCAAGAAAAUUCACACCAUUUGAUGACGUCAAACAGUUGCAAUUGUAUGGUUUCUGCGAUGCAUCACAAGAUGCAUAUGCUGCAUGCAUCUACGCGAGGUCAAUUAACCUCAAUGGCGAAGUGAGCUGUCAGCUGAUAGCUGCCAAAACAAGAGUCGCUCCGACAAGUCCACUCACAAUUCCCAGACUUGAGCUUUGUGGUGCAAUUCUCCUCGUCAGACUUCUCAAGAAGGUGCAAAAGGCUCUCUCCAUGGAAAUUGGGGACAUCAGAGUCUUCUCAGACUCAACCAUAGUGCUUCACUGGAUCAGUGGAGAGGCCAGCCGCUGGAAAACAUUCGUUCGCAACAGAGUCAUCAAAAUCCAAUCAGAAAUUCCUGCCACAUCUUGGGGACAUGUCAGAUCAGAGGACAACCCAGCAGAUCUCGCUUCACGAGGAGUUCAGUCAGAUGUUCUGCUGCACAAUGACUUCUGGUUUCAUGGUCCACAGUGGAUUCUUCAUGACGUACCACCUCCUUUCAUCCAGAAGAUCGAACCAAGGGAUAUCCCAGCAGAAGAUCUUGAGGAGAUUAAGGUAUGUACCCAUUUCCAUGUCUCUAACCCUUUUUGGAAUAUCAUCGACAGAUACUCCUCCCUCACGAGGCUGGUGAGGGCAGUGGGAAUCCUCAGAAGGUUCACACAGUUCAUCACGAACAAGUACAAGGGACCCUGCCACGUCAAUCGUGGCCCUCUCACUGCUACAGAGCUGGAUUCAGCUCGAGAAACCAUCAUCAAGGCUGUCCAGGCUCAAUCAUUCGCAGAGGAGAUUCAGGAGAUAUCCCGAGGGAAGGAGAAAAAGGUCUCAAGAGACUCAUCUGUUCGCAAAUUGCAUCCCAUCCUAGACGACAGGGGAUUGAUACGUGUAGGGGGCAGGAUUGAGCGAGCAGAAACGACUUUUGACCACAAACAUCCAAUUCUCUUGCCAUACAAACACCACUUCACGGAUUUGGUAGCUCAGUAUUUCCAUACCACUACACUCCAUGGGGGCCCCAAGCUUCUUCUCAAUGCCAUGAGGAUGGAAUACUGGCCAAUCAACGGAAUGAGGGUGGCAAAGAGAAUCACCGGACGAUGCCUCAACUGCUUCAAGGUCAAGCCCCGAGGUGUAGAACAGCUGAUGGCCGAUUGUCAAACCAACAGAGUCCGUCAAUACCGCCCAUUCACACACACGGGAGUUGACUAUUGCGGUCCCUUUCUGCUGAAAUCUCUCACACGCAAAGGAGCGCCACCCAAGGUGUACAUAUCCGUGUUCAUCUGCCUCACCACAAGGGCCAUUCACCUGGAGGUAGCAGGAUCUCUCACUUUGGAAGCUUUUUUAGCAGCUCUCAGACGUUUCACAGCUAGACGUGGGAUUCCAUCUCACAUCUACUGUGACAAUGCCACAAACUUUGUGGGUGGAAGCCGAGAAUUGGAUCAGCUGAAGCAGCAAUUCACAUCAGAACAAGGACAAAACACACUCAUCAAUACCACAGCCGAGAUGGGGAUAAAAUUCCAUUUUAUUCCUCCAGCCAGCCCGACAUUUGGAGGGUCUUGGGAGUCGGGAGUGAAGCUGUUCAAAACACAUUUUCGCAGAGUGGCAGGAAAUGCUUCACUCACUCAAGAGCAAAUGAACACCUUAGUGACACAGAUCGAGGGUAUUCUAAACUCCAGGCCACUCACAGAUCUCUCCACUGACCCACGAGACUUCUCUCCACUCACUCCGGGACAUCUGCUGAUUCUUGGCCCACCAAAUGAGACACCACAAUUGAAUAUUCCAGAACCCAGUCUUCUUCACAUUCCCAACAAUCGUCUUGGACACUGGCAGAGGGUUCAACAGAUCGUGCAGCAUUUCUGGGCAAGAUGGCACAGAGAGUAUCUCCACUCACUCCAACCUCGUAACAAGUGGAUGAAAGACAAUCCUGCAGUAGAAGUGAACGAUCUGGUCCUCAUCAAACAAGACAAUUUGCCUCCUCUGAGAUGGCCAACUGGACGUGUGAUCAAGGUACAUCCGGGAGAUGACAAUUUGGUUAGGGUAGUUAGCCUCCAGACGCCUCUUGGGAUCACUCAACGCGCUCUGUCUAAGAUUUGCCCCCUACCAAAGGAAACAUCGAUGGAAAACUUGAAAUCUCUCAUCGUGAUUUCACCCAGCCAGGAUGUUAUCGCUCAUGCGACAACAGAGCCGCGAUGCGGGAAGUGA